AUGCCUCUUAUCAAAUCGGUCAAUCCGGCUAGUGUGGUAAGCCAGUUCCUGGCUCCCAGUGCUCUCGUGCUCAACGAUGUUGCUUCGAUCCACGGUGUGGUCAAGACCAUUGCUCGUGACACCAUGUCCUACUACUCGGGCAAUGUCACCAUGACCCCAGAGACGAUCGCAGUCUUCCCUGCGCCUCACUAUUGGUGGCAAGCCGGAGCGGCAUGGGGUUCCAUGCUCGACUAUUCGCACUACACCGGCGACUCCUCGUACGACGAGACCAUCACACAGGCGCUCCUGUCCCAGGUCGGCCCGAAGCACGACUUCAUGGUGCCUCUGCACUACGGCAGCGAGGGCAACGAUGACCAGGCCUUCUGGAGCUUUGCCAUCCUCGACGCCGCGGAGCGCAACUUCCCGCAGCCCGACGACAGCAUUCCGCCCUGGCUCACCAUCGCCGAGAACAUCUGGAACACGAUGGCCCCGCGGUGGGACAUGUCGAGCUGCGGCGGCGGCCUCAACUGGCAGAUCUUUCCCGACAACCCGAACGGCAUGAACUACAAGAAUUCCGUCGCCAACGGCGGUUUCUUCCUGAUGUCGGCUCGCCUGGCCCGUGCUACCGGCAACCAGACGUACGUGGACUGGGCGAACAAGGUGUACGACUGGUCCGCCAAGAUCGGCCUCAUCGACGCCCAGUACAACGUCUACGACGGCGCCGGGGCCAACAAGCAGUGUACCGACACCAAUCAGGUCCGCUUUACCUACACACAGGGCAUCUACACGUACGGCGCAGCCGUGAUGAAUGACGUCACCGGCGGCUCUGGACCCUGGGGUGACCGCACACAAGGUCUGCUCAACGCCGCGAAGAUAUACUUUGGCGGACCCAACAACGUCGCGCCGAACGUCAUGUGGGAGCCUGCCUGUGAGGCUGCCGGGGUCUGUAACUACGACAUGACGAGCUUUAAGGCUUAUAUGUCGCGAUUCCUGUGGAAUACGGCGCAGAUGAUGCCAUCAACACGUCCAGCGGUUGAGGCUUUGCUGAAGCCCAGCGCGAUGGCGGCGGCGAAGGCCUGUGCGGGUGGUGAUAGCGGGACCGCGUGCGGACACAAGUGGUACACUGGCGGGUUCGACGGGCAGACGGGGCUCGGGGAGCAGAUGACUGCCCUCGAGACGAUCCAGGGUCUUUUGUCUGGCAGUGCGGCGCCGCCGCUCAAGGCUGGGCAGAUCAAGCAUGUCAAGGGGACUCGGCCGCCACCUCCACAGCCGAGCGGGACAGAGGGCAAGUUGACCAGGAUUUGA